CUCGUGACGCAGCCACCCCCCUCGAGCAAGAAGCCUGCCCCGCGAACCCAGCGCUCCAGGGGCAGCUGUUGGCUUCGCCAGGCGCUCGUCGUGGCAGCAGCUUUCCACCACCGGACACACGGUCACGAGCCUGCAUCGUGCGAGCCUGUCCCGCGACCAGGCGGCACGCGGCCACCUGGCAUGUGCCUGCUGGCAGAGUCUGUCACUUGCUGCCGGCAAGGGGGCCUCACCACACCCGACAGUGGCCAACAAAAACUGGCCAAUGCUGGCCCGCCCAUGCCUGCGGUCAAACCAAGUGCCAAAGCGGCGCAUGCGCAGGUGCGCGGACGCGCUCGACGUGGGGGUCGUCGCUGGCGUCCCGCAUGCCUGGGUCGAAACGCGUCAGGGGGCGGGCUGAAGAGAAGCAAAGACAAAGCCCCGGGCCCCCGCUCCGGCCACCACCCCGUCCAGUAGGCGGCCGCUCGAGCGCGGUGGCGGAUUCGCGUGGCAGAUCAGGAUCCCAAGAGCAAUCCCUUCCGCCGCAAAGAAAAAAACUGCCGCUGGCUGCGCUGCGAACGCGCAAGCCUUGCAGCGUCCGCCCAGACCCUGCACAGAGUACGCGCUUUAGCAAACUACCCCCCUGUACAACACUGAUGACGUCGCGCGAUGGGCGGGCCACGGCGCCCUCACUCGGAGCAGGGCGAGCUGAGGCAGCGGCAGCUCGACGUCGGUCCCAAGACCCCUCCCGGAGUCGGAGCGCAAGCUGCGCCCCGCCGUGGCGACGGGGCCGCCCCCCCGAAGGACGGCCAACCGGCCACCGCUGUCUCGACGCGCCCUCCUCGGACUCACUGGCCCCGCUGGCCGACUUGCCCCCCCCUAGGCGACGAUGCUGACCGCGGGCUCCUCUUCGGGGGACGCUCCGCGAGCGCAGGGAGGUCGCAGCCGCUCCGCCGGGGCGACAGCGGCGGGGGGCCGCCGGGCACCGCGGUCGCGCGCGCCCUCGCCGCGGUGCUGCCGGCGCUCUGCGCGGCCUGAUCUGCCAUCUGCCAUCGCGGCACCCGGCGCAUGCUCGCCCGGAACCCCACGGCGGGGUCCGUAGCGUCGGACAUGAGGCCUUGAAGCGGCCGGCCCCCGAGGUCGGUGGCGUGCAGCGCGAGCCAGCUGCGCAGCAGCGGCUUCACCUCGGCGCGCUUCAGGAAGGCGAACUCGUCCUCCGUGACCCACGCGUACCACGUCAUCUUGCCUGAGGGGCUCGCCGGUUUUUGAGGUACGAAGUUCUUGGGAGUUUUUUUCGUUCCAGGCGGCUUCCCAGCCUCGGGAUGCCUUCCAGCAGCAGCUCCUCGCCGAAGGCGACCCCCCGGGUGCACAGAUCCCGAGCAGCUGGAGGCCCGAGUUAAGACCCGAAUACCCACCAGGGGACCGUCGCAUGGUGUGGAAACGUCGAUCUGGAAUCGGCGAUACAUCGCCGAUAGAUCGGCGAUAGUCCUCCGAUCGAGAACCCGCACGCUCCUGGGCGGGGUGGGCCAUCGGGCCUCUACCGGCGAUAAAUGGGCGACUGGGGGCCGAGGCGUGCCACCCUGCGCCUGUCCUCCCGCUAACGUUGCCCCAGCCUGCCGUCGGCUCCAACAGGGUGCACCUUCCGGUCGAGCAGCCCCCUGUGGGGUCCCAUCUCCUCCGCCAGCUGGGCCGAUUGGCUGCUCCGGCGCCCGGGCCCUGGAAUGCUCGCUGCCGUGUCGGUGCUCUCGGUCGGCCGCCAGCGCGUCGCCAUCGCCGCCACCGAGUCGUCGCCACUCUCGACACGCACGGUGCAAACGUAGCGCAAGUACUUCGUGUUGAUACCAAAGAGCUUCGACUCUUCCACUCGCUCCUCGGGCUGCGGGAUGUUCUGCACCGCGGGCUCGGCGUCACCGACAAAAUCGCUCAGCUUCUCCGCUAGGAUCUUGCUGAGGGAAUCCUCCACGCUCAGACCCAACGGCUUUUUCUGCGCAGGCAGCGCGCAUUCGACGAGGAAAUCUUGGGCCUUCUCCUGUUUCGCAAGCUGCACCAACAACUUAUCCUCGCUGAGAAGCCUGACCGCUACCAAGGAGACGAAGCGCUCGACCUCGCCACGCGCGUUCACCAUGACCGUACUCUUUCCUGACUCAACCUCCUUCCUCAACGCCUCUAGCUUAUCAUCUUGGCCGGGCAAGUUUAUCCUGAAGAGGCCCACGCCAAUUUGCACCCUCAUCUUGGCAAUUGCGUGCAAGCCCACCGUAACUUGGAUAUCUCGGUCCAUAUUCAAGACGAGAUUGCUGAACUCGGCGUGCGGCACUUGCAGGUCGUCUGGGUACGCCUCUGGUGGACGGGCGCUGACGAUAGCCUGGUGGAAUAGCCUGCAAUACUCCACGGUGAUCUCCUGCACGUGCGGAUUUUUUACCAUGGCCUGGCUGAUGCCCUCCCCUGUCACGGAGAGCACCUGGGAGGUCUCCAGCGCCUCCGCGGUGCCGGCGUGCUUCCACUCUGCCCACAGACACGCCUCCGAGAGCCACGCUUCAGGCUCCACGCGCGUGGAGCCGCCCGGACCCCUCGCCAUCCCGACGUGGUCCCGCGAGUACUGCAGUGAUCCCCUGAUCAGGUGGUAGGCCUUGCCCGCCUCCGCCCCGGCGGUGAAGAGCUCGUCCGCGGCGCGGAGGUCGCUGAAGCCCAGCGUCUCCGCGCAGAGCAGCUGCAGAGCUCUCUUGUCCAUGUCGAACCAGAGUCCGAACAGUGGGUGCGUGGUGAUGUAGCGGCGGAACAUGUCCAGCCUCAGCUCGUACCGCAGGGCUUUAGACAGAUAGCCCAUGCUGCUCUCUACCUCCCUCUCGGUGAGCUGUUCUUUCUUGCCGAUGCGCUCGGUGACCUGCUGCUGCACGAGAAUUGCGAUCCUCUGGUUUACCUUCCUCUCCCGCAGGUAGCGGCGAAGCGUCACAAGCCUGUGGGUCUGUUGCUUCAUUGCUUCAUUUCUGUCGACCAGCGCGGCCGAAAGCAAAGAAAUGAGCACAGACACGUACACGAGGCCUGCCAUAGUGUAACCAAUCGAAACCGCGCGCUCGCUGGAGUUGCGGCAGUAGAUCUCGACAUUGCCACCCAAGAAUGUGGCAACACUCCAGUGCAGAGAGCUCAAAUACUGGUAGAGCUCGCUUGACUCCGCAUAGUCGAUUCCCACGGUCUCUACCCAGUACAGCCAAGUAUCAGAGUUGGCGCGGGUGCCGAGGGCAUGCCAUGCACAGCUCAUGAGGUGGUUGAGCCACAGGGCCCCAGCGAUAACGACGGCGAACAUCAUAGAACUGUGGUACUUUUCGUCGGUGAUGAUGAUUGCGCUCUCAUUAAGCAAACUCCUGAUAUGUAACAAACGCCCUGCUUUGAGGACGCGCAUGGCGUGGAAGAUCCAGGGCGCACCAGGGGCGCCCGCACUGUAAAGGACGGCCAAACUGCAGCAAUCGCUACAGACAAAGAGGAGGUCGAGAAGGAACCGGGUGCGCACAUAGUGCAUAACAAUGUCCAUGGGCCUCAUCUGCACAUGGUAGUCCUUGACAUACCCCGUGAUGAAUUUGGACCCCAUGUCCAGCACCCAGAACAGGGCAGAAAACAACAUCGCCGCGAACAUCCAACCCUCGUAGGGGCUCUUCCAGGCGAGCAUGUACGGCACCAUGACCAGGUCGCACAGCAGUAUGAGGACGCUGAACGCCUUGAACAUGAGGACGUUUCUGGAGUGAGGGCCAAUGCAACUGGAUGUACCUUUCUGUGAAGUGCGGUCGCUUCAGUGACUCUUCCUCCUGUUCACUCCCAGGUAAUGAUGCCGAUUCCACAUUGAACAUAGAAACUUUGACGGACGCAGGUUGGACAAGAGAGCGCGGAUGCCCUGAAUCCAUCCCUAGAGCUUCCGCGAAGCAGGGCCGCAGCACGACGGUCUGGGGCCAAUCGCUGGCCCCCGUCGCGAGAUCCUCCGAUGCGGAGGGCGUGUCCCACACCUCGUGCGGGCACCGAAGCUCCACCAGAUCCCCUCGACUUCUUGGAAGCCCCGUGGCCCCUGGGGUGCCACGGGCUUCUGGGACGCCCCGCGGCUUGCCCGAGGCCGCCUGCUUGCACAGGCCGGCCAGCGCGCCGACGUCCUCCUGCACGCCGCACAGGGCCUCCGCCAUCAGGCCCAGCCUCGCCUCCAGGCGCUGCUGGAGCGCCGAGAGGCCCUCGAGGCUCUCGUCGGCGGCGGCGGCGAACGAGGCCCCACCGUCCAUCGCUCAACACCCGCCGACUCCGACUGCGGAGGACGCCCUUGCCGGGCACCUGUCGCAGCCCUCGGCCGGCCACCGUGCCCCGCGUGGAGGCCGCCAGGGCGCCCGUCGUGGAGGCCGAGGCCGCCGCGCGCGCCGCGCGGAGGGCCAGGGCGCCGCUGCCCGAGCGCCCCCGCGCCCCCGCGCCAGGGCGGAGGCGGUGGGCCCGCCGCGCGGGGCUGGGGCGGGACUUAAGGGGGGGG